AUGAUGAGUCAGAAGAGAGCUUCGGAAGAUAAGGCUAGGCUUAUUCAAAAAGAUCUUGAAGUAAAAGAGCUAAAAGAAACAUUUCAAAUGGUAGGACGAAAAUGUGUAAUCCCAGUUCCUUUUAGAAUUUAGGGCAUUUGACUUCAUGGGUCUUCAUAAACAUAUUUCUAAUAUUUUUGUAAAAAUUCAUUGUUCCAUUUCAGUUUUUUACAUAAAUAUGUAUGUAUUCGUAGCCUUUCAUGAGUCUAUUUUCUGUUACUCUGGGGUGUUGAACUAACACUAGCGCCGUUCAGAUGUUAAGAACAGCACUUUUAUGUAAAAUAGUGAAAAAUACCUGCCAAAACAAUUUUGCCCCCAGAAUGAACCCUUGCAGGGUGUUUCCUGGUAUGUAAGUAUGUUGCAUGUCCGUCUUUAUAGGUAUAUAUAUAUAACAAAGUCUUAUCAAUGUGAUUUCACUAGCAGCUCUGUAUUUCCGAGCUACCAAAGUACAAAGCUCUUACAUGUCCACAAGAUUGCCUAAGCAAUGCUGAUCCACAAAAGCACAGGUGUUUAGGAGCACUUCAAAUGAGAGCAGGAAGAUCAAUCAUAGGGUAAUUUACUCAGCCAAACAUUUGCAAACGUUCAUAAAUAUGCCAGAAUUCUCCCUGAAAUAGCAAUUCAGAAGUUAAUUCAGGGAACUGUACUGUUCCAUGGUCUCAAUGUCAUACAAAAAAAUUACAUGUAGAUAUUUAUCAAGCACUAAUUUACUGAAUUGCUUAUAAAAUAGCAUCAUUGGAGACUCAUUUGGAGGAUCAUGUUUACCUUAUAGGUGAAACAGAAAUCUGCAGUAAUAGUUCAUAAAUAAAACAAAGAUGGUUCCACAGACCACUUAUUAACAGUUAGGGGGCUUGGUGAUUUUUCUUUACGCCAUAGGCAGCAGUAUGUGGGUUAAUAAUUAACACUGCCUGUCCAUUCCUCCUCUUCUCCAAUCAACCAUGGGCUGCAGGUGGGCAAUGCAUAAUGGGAGUUAUGGUUUAUUUAGGGUCCACUCUUUAGCCACACCUUCUCCACAGGUUGAAGGUUAGGGGGAUAAAAGUCUCCAUGCCCAAUAUCUACCAAAUAAUGAGUUACAUCAAUAACCCUCUUAGUGCUUUUCUGCUAAUUCCAAAGAAGACAUGCUUGUGUCAAGAUUCUAGAAAUGUUAGGGCUAUUCACUGAUUAGGGUGUGCAAAACUGGUACGGAAUUUACAAAUCUAAAAUGUUACCCUCAAGACAAAUUAGAGAAAUGUUUCCUUUUGCAGUUUCCAGUUUUCAGUACCUGGUUUAGUGAAACUACACAAUCAUUUGUUCUGAAGUAGAUUAUUAGAAAACUCAACAAAAAUCCUAUGAUUCUAUAUUGUUCACAAUGUGCACGAAAGACAUUUAUCUCUUUCUGCCUCCUGUAAACGUGCCCAAUCUAAAACAAAUGAGCACCAUUUUAACCUUCCCUAAAUAAACAUUUGAGGUUUCUAAUUUUUUCACUUGCUUUCAUAAGUAAUGGCAUGUAAAUUUCUUCUAAAUUUGUCAUUAUAUAACUACCUAUAAAAUGUAAUUCUAUGCUGUGACUGUUAUUCUGUACACGGAUAAUUAUUAAAUCUAUCAUCUAUAUUUUACCAGGAAUACAUAGUUAAUUCCAAACUAAAGGACAAUAAAAUGCCACAAGAUUCUCAAAGUCAGCUGUGCUACUAGUUUGGCUACGUUGGCCUUUAAUUUGAAAUUCAUUUUGAAUUCUCACUUUCGUGAAUAACAAUGUAAGUGACUACAGACAGCUAUCAUAGUUGUGAAUUCACCUCACUAGUGCAGAAUAUUUGCAAACUUUGUUUAACUGAAGACCAACAGAUAUCAAUUAAAAUAUGAUGAUUGUGUUUGUUUUUUUUUGUCUUUGUCAAGGAAACAGAAAUAAACAAAAAACUAAUGGAAGAUAAUUUUUCAGUAAAGGAAGAGAAGCAGGUAACAGUUUCUGUUGACCCAUUGUAAAGCUCUAUGGAAUUUGUUGACGCUAUAUAAAUAUAAUAAUGUGUUCCUAUAUUUAAGCCAUAAAGGUGUCAAGGGAUUUUCCUAUUAAAGACAAAACCCUACACCCUAUGAACUCUUUCGUGUAAACUCAGCCAUGAUCAAUUUAACUUACUGUGCACAACACCAGCAGGUAUACCAGCAGGACACACACACACAGGCAUACUGACAUACACACUGACACACACACACAGGCAUACUGACAUAUACACAGACAGACGUAAUGGCUGAUACAGACAGACAUUAAAACAUUCACAGAUAUAUACUGACACACACAUACACUGACAUACAAAUAUAUCCUGGCAGACAUACUGACACACAGACAUACAUACAUAGACACACAGACACAUACACUGACAGACAUACUGACUGACACACACAUACACACACAGACAUACUUACUUACAUACACACACAGACAUACUGACACACAAAGACAUGCUGACACACACACACAGACAUACUGACAUACACACAGACAGACGUACUGGCACAUACACACAGACAGACAUUAAAACAUUCACAGAUACAUACUGACACACACAUACACUGACACACAAAUAUAUCCUGGCAGACAUACUGACACACACGUACACACACACACACAGAGACAUACCUACAUACACACACACAGACAUACUGACACAUACACACACAGAUAUAAACACACAGACAGACAUACUGACACACACACACACACACAGAUAUACACACAGACAGACAUACUGACACACACACACAGAGACAUACUGACACACAGACAGACCUACUGACAUACAUUUAGCCACCCUCCAGGUUCUUACCUUUUCCUGGAGGGUGGUUUCCCUGGUCCAGUGGCAGGCUGAGGCAGAUGGGAGUUCUCCUCUGGAACUCCCCUCCUCCCUGCCUUCCUCCUCCCGCGCGGCCAUUAUCUCCGGUGGGAGGAAGUGACGUCACUUCCUCCCAGCCGGCUGCAGAACCGGAAGAGGGGCCCGGUCCCGCUGUUUAAGCGCCACAGCGCCCGACCGGGCCCCUGCUGACACAUGCUCCCGGGGUGGGCCUUAGUGCAUGGGCCACCCGGGGAGCCUCCUCAGUGUGCGGGAGCCGCACCGCCCGGUCCAUGGGGGCUGCGCAAAUUGCGGGGCCCACAGAGCAGCUGCUCUGGGCCCCCAGGAGCAACUGGGAACGGGGCAGCUGCCCUGUUUGCCCCGCGUUAAAGACGGCCCUGAUCUCAUUCAUUGAUCUGUGUCUGAGUAAAUACAUAGUAAGUGAUUUAUUAACAAAAGAGUGAAUUAUGGUGAUUUUUACCAAAUAAUUGCAAUAUUCAGGUUACCACUGAAUUGUUGAGUCGGAAAAAACUCCUUCUUUCAAUUCAUUGUUAAUCCCUUCACAGUCUUUUUGACCUUCCAUAACAUCAUGGAUAUAGUGGACUUUAAAAUGCAUUAUUAUUUUCUUAAUAGUAAACGAUGAGUUAUAUGUAUAUAUUGAAUGCAUAUAAAAAGACACAUGUACCUGUAUGUGCAUUUAUCUAUAUACUGCCUUCAUCUAUGUCCUUAUUCCUUGCCCCUCUUAUCUUAUAUUUUGCAUUUUGUUUUGCUCUAGGCUACAUUUGUCUAGUUUGUUACACUUCAAGUCCCCCAUCUUUUAGGUAAAGUCUCCUUUACCCCUAUGUCUUAUAGGACUGGGUUUUGGCAUGUUAGUGAAGAAUGAUGGAUUAGUGUCAGUGGCAGAGCUAAUGUAGACAGGGCCCUGGUGCAAGAACGUUUUCCCUCUAUUCAAGAUUAGCCAAAAGCUAGAUGCCCAUCUGUUGUACAAUUCCAACGAUGCAUUGUCAGCUGGGGUUCUACCAUUUGCCCAUCCUUGCAGGGUUGUAUAUGUAAGUUUUAUUUGUGCGCUUGAAUGUAAACAUAUUUUUGUAUAGUGUAUGUGUGUGCAUGUAGGAGUAUAUUUGUUUGUACUUUUACUAUACAGUGAUGUUUUUGUGUGUAGUGUUUGCACUGGAACGCAGGGAUGUUUGUAUAUAAGUUUAGUGUUUUAAUACAGGGGUGUGCUUGGAUGUAAUGUUUGCUUUGAAAUGCAGAUGUACACUUGUGUAUAGUAUUGAUGUUUGAGUGAAGGGGUGUGUUUGUAAAUCAUUUUGGAGUUUUAAUACAGUAGUGUGUAUGUAAUAUUUGUGUUAGAUUGCAGGAGUGUGUUUGCAUGUUGUGUUGAUUGCUUGGAUGUAUGCACAUACACAUAUACAUUGCCGAAUAAAUACAUACUUACACAGAUAUACAUACUCACUAACACACAAAUAUUUACAUAUAAACACACCAGCACAUACACACAAACACUAACACAGAGAUUCACACACUGACACAUGCACAUACUGAUACAUGCACACACCCUGACACACAGAUACACACAGUGACAAAUACACACACAUACAGAUGCACACUUUGACACACAGAUGCACACACAUGCACAAAUGUACACCCUGACACAAAGAUGCACACGCAAACACACACACUGACACAUGCACACACUGACACACAGAUACACAUGCUGACAUAUACACACCUUAACACACAAAUACACACACUGAUACAUACACACACCUUGACACAUACAUACACACACAAUCUGACAUACAUAGACACAUACAUAUUAUAAUUUUUACAUUUGCAGCUACCCUCCUGUUAGCAUACCUUUUGUAUCCAAGUGGGUAGCUUGCUUGGAGUCUUGGUGAUGCUGACUGAGGCUGAUGGGAAUGAGCAUGAGGGUCUGCAGCAACUCACUCCUGCCUCUCUUCCCCAUGAUGCCUGCGCUGCCUCCUCCAUCCCGCACAGUGCUGUCUUAUGAAGCUGGAAAGGAGUGAUUGGCUGUAACUUCCUCCCAGUCGGCCUCUUCUAUAAGUGACGGUUUUGCUCUUAAAGAACUGUGGUGCCUGACCUGGCACUAUUCACAAACAAUACCCAUCGGGCGGCCCUUAGUGCAUAGGCCUCCCAAUGGACCCCCAAAGUGUGCGGGUCCCAGGGCAGCCACAUCGACUUCACCGGUGGCAGUUCCACCACUAAUUAAUGUCCAAGGGUUGUGGGGGUAUUUGCGUAAAUUGUUUUAGUCUGGUAGGACCUCAAAUAAUCCUGUACAACAAUAUUGAGCUUGUAUAUAUUGGAAAAGUAUAAUUGAAAAUAUAUAUGUUUUUUCUCAAAAAAACUUACCUUGAAUGUAAAUAUCUUUUUUCAUUUAUUAGGAAGAUAUGCGAUCUUUGCAAAAUAUGUUACAGUUAAUUCAGCGGCACACGCAAACCAUUUUAAAUUUGGAAAAUCAGCUGUCUACUCUCAAAGACAAUUAUCAGGUUAUAUUAAUAUCUCAUAUUAUUGUACAGUGUUUGUGUCAUUUACAUUUCAGUAUAUUCUGACAAUAUAUCUCACCUGAGUAAUGUUCAGUUGUACAAACUUUAAUAUCUGUUCAAACCUCAUCAGACGUUAUUCCUAAAAUUAGUUAUAUUGUAAUAAAAGCAUUCCUUCCAGGAGUAUACGUGAAAACAACAGAAAUAUUGAUAUACUCUUGACAAAAUCUCAUAGCAGGUUAAAACAUUGCUGCUCUGUUACUCUUUUGCCUAUGGUUCGAACACCCUGAGUGCCUGGAGACCAUUUUUCUGUUUGCCUAAGCAUUGUGGGAUUGCUGGUCCUGCUCCAGUGCACCUGGUGUCGACUGGAAUGGAGUGCGGCUCUCCUCUUAAUUCUUGUAACAUAGAACCACACGCAACCAAAAUCAAAUUGGGAAUGCAGCUAAAAUCUAAAAAGAAAAAUCAAUAUAGUGUAACACCAUUUAGUAGAUAAACCUCCAUUUUUUAACUAUGUCUAUACCCUACUUGUGAAGAAACCUCCUUUUUCCUUAUGUCUUCUCUUUUUCUUUUACGGACAAAGCUUUGGGCCAAUACAUUUUUUUUAAUUCUUCCAUUUCAUAUAUAGGAGGUCUUUGGGGUAAGAAUGUCCCUAAAAUUGGAUCAUUCAACAAUAUGAACCAAUGUUUAUUAAAAAUGUUUAUUUACAUGUUUAGAUGUAUAAUUUGUGAUGAAAGCAUAUUGAAAAUCAUUAUUAGUUUUUAUGUUCCAUAGUUUUAAAACAAUUUUGCAAAUCUAAUUUUUGUAAAACUUUUCUUUUCCCAAAGUAUUUUUAUUAUGACUCCUUUUAAUUAGCUUAUUUUUAAAAUGGUCUGCCUAGUUUCUAAAUUCAUGUAUUUCGGAACAUUUCUUUCUAAUUCUUGUGACCUAACUUUCCGCGAUGGGUGGUUUAUGUACUAAAUGGUGUUAUACUAUUGUGAUUUUUCUUUUUAGAUUUUAGCAGUGUUCACAAUUUUUGGUUUGAGCAUCACCUCUGCAUCUCUGCAAGGAAGCAUAGGUGUUUGCGUCAGGCAAAACUGAAUAAUGUGUUACUCUUACGUUCUAAAAUGGUAAAAAAAAAAAUGUUAAAUUUAAAAAAAGAAGCACAUACCGUAUAUCACCAGAGAUGAUGGACAAGGUUGAUAAUGUAUGAUACAUUUCUACCCCUUGGAAUAGUUUCUGUGAAUACGGGCAGCAUCUUACUAAAAAGAGCGCACAGUUAUUUAAUUUCAGUAAAUAACCAAAAAUAAAACAGCUCAUAAAUGUGCACUGAUGUGGAUGCAGCAUCAGCACACUGUUCUCUUUGACCUCUGGUUUAUGUGCCCCUCACCAAGUGGGGAAAACAGUGAGGUUUUUUUUUCUUCAGGUAACAGAAUACACUACACACAGGUCCCAUAUAUUGUUUUCUCCUAAGAAUUGUUUUAUUUGAAUCAGUGAAUCAUCUGCCCUAAUUUAUAGGCAGACAAAAGCAAAGAGAAGAAGUUUGCUACAUAUUAUAAUUUCAUACUUGACUAGUUGCUCUGAAGUAAAUCCAAAAAAACAAAGCAAAGACCCAUAAAUAUAAUUGAUCCAGCGUCUCAUACAUUGACAUCUAUUGUCCGCCGGAGCAAUGUUUACAUCUUAGAAAGGUUGGAGUUAGUUCAUUGUCAUGGAUGCAAGUCUUUUAUCCUUCCUGCUGAAAAAUAUGAUUAAGUAAAAAUUCCUAGGGAACCUGAAAUGUGUGUGAACUGUUACUGUUGAUUCAUUCUGAAUUACCUUAAUUUAUCAACAUGACAGGAAAGCUAGUGUUGAGUAAACGCAGAAAUAGUAUGCGUUGCUUUGGCAGUGUUAGUUAUGUUGUACAUCAUAAGCGAAGAUCUUUUAAAGUGUGCCGUUGUGGCAAUUUUUUUUUCAAUUUUUUUCCUUAAGGAUAAAUGUGAAUUGUUCAUACAUGCAUGAAUAUAGUCCAUGUGGUCGUUAUGGAUUGCAUUCUUUAAUGGUACACCAAAAUAAUUUCAUUUAUUGCCUUUUAUUCUUCAUUAUUUCCAUUAUUCUGAGGUAUCAGCGUGCUACAUUGCAGGUCUCCUAUCUCUUCACUUUAUAUUAGUUUUUCAGAACAUUAAAACUCAUGCAGUGAAUCUGAGUAAUGGCAAGUGUUUUUAUAUCCUUUUAUAGCCAUUUCCUUUCUAUAAACUCCCCCUUGUUUUCUGUUAGCUAAACUAUAAGUACCUUUCUGCUAAUUUAUGAAAAUUAUUGUUGAUAGCGCAUUAUCACUGAUCUGUGUGGCUCUUUCUGCAUGUUAGAAACAAAGGUCCAAGCUACAUAAAACACAUCGGAAUUCAUUAAUGUGGUAUUGAUUAUUUUUUGGAUAAUUAAUUUUAUUGCAGACCCUUGAAAGAGAUAAUGAGCUUCAGAGGGCAAAGGCAACAGAAAAUGAGGAAAAGUUCCUUGCUCUUCAGAAUGAGCACAAGAACACUUUGAGAAUGUGGAAGAAUCAGGUAUUUGUAUGUAUAAUUAUUCUGAACAAUUCUACAACGGUAGUAUAUUCUACAAAGCUUUACAUUAUACGACGGAUGUAAAAUAGGAAAUUCCUGACAGCUAAUGUGAAUGGAAAAAAGGGAAGGGGAUCCUGCACAACUUAGUUUCAAUCUAGGAAUUAGAAUCAUGUUUCUAGAUUUUUAUUUUAUAGUCUUCCCUUUAUGAAAACAAAAACAAUGUUGAGACUGAUUAAAAAAAACACACGAUAGCCCAGCUCUCAAAUGCCCAUUACUCUUGGUGGCAGCAAUGACCUUAGUAUUCUUCCAAAAUGUAUAUUAUUAUCUUUGUUAUUAUUUAUAUAGCGCCAUCAGAUUCCGUAGCGCUGUACAAUGGGUGGACUAAUAGACAUGUAAUUGUAACCAGACAACUGGACGUACAGGAACAGAGAGGUGGAGGGCCCUGCUCAAUGAGCUUACAUUCUAUAUAUAACACAAAACCACAAUAGUUACCAAUGCACAAUUAAAUAACAUUAUCAACAUUAAAAUCAUCAUUAACAAAGCAUUGUUUUACUACAGUGACCAUUAAAGUGUAAGCUCACCUUCCAUUAUCGAGGCAAUCUUCUUAGCACUAACAUUUUAGUCUUGGAAAAUGGCUGAUUUUGAGAAUGUUUCCUAUAAUAACAUUUUGGCUUAAAGCGGCACUGUCAUGCCGAACUUACCUUUCCGCAAUCGAUUCCUCUUCUCUCCCUCUCUCAGGAUAUGUUCUUCAUUUCUUCCUAUCUGCUCUAGUUUUCUUUAAACCAUAAGACAAAGUAGGGACUAAAGGAUAAUGUCUUAGGGACUACUUUGUCUUAUGGAGGUUUCUUACGCUUGACCAGCGGUGGAACAAAAUCUGCUCCGUUUCCUUUGGUCAAAGCAAUUUUCCCACAAUUCUUACCUUUCCUCCGUGAUCUCGCAAUGCUUCCUGUCAGUAUUCCCCAAUGUUCUGUCACUUAGACAGAACGCCGGUGAAACUAUCGAAUUUCGUUCAAACAGAAUGAGAACACUUUGUUCAUUCAUGUUAGGAGACAAUUCGUGAAUUUGUUCGGAUCGGAAUUUUAUUCUAAUAAAUUAAACUCUGAUCCUAUUCGUGCCGCGGCUGCAUCUUACAGCCGCUUAGUAGAUAGCGCCUUAAUUCUCACAGUAUUAGGGAGCUAUCUACCAAAAGGCUGAAAGACCUAAAUUGGUCUUUCAGCCAACUUCACUAAUAUUAAGUAACAAUUACUUAGAAACAUAGAAUGUGACGACAGAUAAGAACCAUUUAGCCCAUCUAGUCUACCCAGAAGCAUUUAGUAUUAGUAAAUUCUGCCAGUGGCUGCUCACUGUUAAAACAAAAACAACAUAGUAUCCGCCCUCCCGUGCCGUGUGAGAGGGGGCUCUUAAACUGAACGGGGGACCUAUUGCCCCCGGCCCCCAUCUCUGAGUGGCGGAUGGGGGCCCUAAAUGACAAUGGGGGGGGAUCUAUCGUCCUCCUCUCCAGCCCCCAUCCCUGUGCGGCGGGUGGGGCCCUAAAUGACAAUGGGGGGACCUAUUGUCCUCCCUCCCGGCCCCCACCCCUGAGCGGCAGGAGGGGGUCCUAAAUGAAAAUGGGGGCGGGGGGUGGGGCGAUUGUCAUUUUACACAGCGUGAGAAAGUUCUUUGGAAUUUUCCCAUGCUGUGUAAUUUGACUCAUAGCAACACUCUGAUUGGUUGCUUUCAAUCAACCAAUCACAGUGCUAUGAGUCAAAUUACACAGCAUGGGAAAAGCCUUUCCCUGUCCUGCAGAGCUCAGUCUGUGCCGUGCCCUCCAUAGGUGAAGAUUACUUUUUUAGCGUCUGUUUUUUUUUUUUCAGAUUUUUUUUUGGCGCUCUGGUUUUUUAUUUUAUUUUCAAAGUUCGGGUAUUAUGGAUUUUUAUUUGCCUUUUUUUGGGGGCUGAAAAACAGAAGACAUCAAAUGAAAACUUUGGAUGGCGGGGGUGACUAGGGGCUUGGGGACCCCAUGUCACCUGGGGGGGUAUUUACACUUAGCCCCUACCCGUCACCCAUGGGUGGGGGCAUGGAGGGAGAACUAUAGGUCCCCCCCACCCUUAUUGUUAUUUAGGCUCCACACCCGCCACUUUUUCAUUUAGGGCCCCCACCUGCUGCUCAUGGGUGGGGGUAGAGGGGGAGGACAAUAGUGUUUAAAUGGGCAUGCGCGGCAAUUUCACAGCGCUAUUUAGUGUGGGCAGAUGACUUAUCCCACAGGGACUUCAUCUACCCACACAAAGAUGGCGGCGCCCAGGACCUAGGUCCGGACACAAAGUAAAGAUGCAAAAAUAGGUAAUAUGGGGAGUUUAGGGGCAUUUGGGGGCAACAUGGGGAACAAUUCAAUGUAAUGGGUUAAAAAAAAACACGAUUCGGCCAUGACAGUGCCACUUUAAACUUUUCAAAUAUAAUUAAUGUAAAUUUCUAGUUUAUUGAAUAAUCUUGUUAAUGAAUAAAAAAAAAUUUUUUUCAAACCCACCAAUAUAAAAAAAAAAAGCUUACCGGUGUUCCAAGCAUUAUGUACAUAACCUUAUCCAGUGUAGCUUGCCCCAUACUCAGCCCUGCCAUGCUAUUAAGAUGUAUGGUCUGCUUUUUCUUUCUAUUUGAAGGUCAAAGUGAAUGAGCAUGUUGAAGAUGUGGAUGAUAAACAGGCUCAUAUGGAAGUUUCCCACUUGGAUGAAACUCGUUUAGAAAAUUCGUCAGUAAACGAUUGCUCCACAAGUACUAUUAUCAUGCAGAAGAACAGCGAAGAGAUUCUGAGAAAUAAUAUUAACAAGAAAAAAGGUUCUGAUGGUAAUUAAAUAUAUUGUCAAUUACAUCAAAACUACACAGUUUUCAUGUUGAUGGAAUAUUCCAUUCAGUUCCACGUGGGAAUGUUUUGCGAUGUCUCCAUUUAUAACUUUUAUAUUGUGGCUCCUGAGAAGGUAUAAAAAAUGAGCCAGGGCAGGAAACCAAAAAAUGGGGAAAUAUUAAUUCAUGGUUUAUAGCUGCUACUCAGCUAUCUUAUUAUUGAGACACUAUGACCUGUCCUAAUGUAUUUACACAUAUAUAUUCAUAUGUGUACUGAGAGACCAAUCCCUUUUGGCCAUUUAGGAAAAGGUUUAUAAUGUUUGCAUCUGUUCCAUAAUCAUUAUUGCCAGACUAAGAUCUAGCUACAGCUUGAUAUCGUUCAGCAGUUUCAGGAUUAGCUUAGCUAGCCAGGAUCUCGUAUAAAACCUAUUUUUGAUUUUGCCAUUGACAAUUCAAUUGCCAAUAUUGCUUGAUGGGGGUCUGUGUAAAACCAAAUUCAGUUUGCAGAAUCUUUCAGUAGCUCUACUUAAAGAAAUUACCACAUGAGGAGUUAAGUAACGUUGUUGACCUUUAUUAGUACGGGAGUGAUGAAUGAAUUACAAACUAUACUGAAAUAACUAUUGCUGGGUAUACAUAAUAUACCUUUUCUCAGAUCUCUUAAGGGGUGUAUUCUUUUUUUUCCGUAGCAGUUAUGGCUUCACAACAUGAAUGUAUUCCAAAUUGAGUGAAUGUCUAAUAUUUACUCAAAUGGAAAAUAUGGCAAACUCUACAUUGAACGAACAGUAUAGUCACACAGACCACUUACUCUCAAUGAAGUGGUCUGGGUGAAGUGGCUUUGUCCUUUUUUUUUUUUUUUAAAGAAACUGCAAUGUUUGCAUUGCAGAGUUAAAUCCACCUCUAGUGACAGCCACUAGAGGCAAUUCUGCAGCACUGACUAAUACCCGGUCACAUGACCAGGGAGCCCAUAGGAAAGCAUUGAAUACAAUGUAUUACUACGGGGAAGAACUCGUCACACAUGCGCAUUGGGACCCAAUGCUCCUCUAUGACAAGCAUUUCAUUGGACAUCAUGGGGGUAGCCAUGCCUUCUCCAUGACAUCAUAGGAAGUUAAGAUGUGAAUAACGCUGUGGGAGCCUCCAUGCCUGAAAAGGGUAAGUAAAAGUUUUAUUUUAUUCUUUUUUUUUAUAGAACUAGAGACAAGGGCGCUAAGAGGAUUGUAAUCGGUCAGCUCUUGCAGAUUUUCAUGUUUUUAUUGAUUCGGUUUAGGGACAAUAGAUCAUUGUUUUGUUUUUCAUUUAUAUUAUUUGUUUGUUGUUGUUGUUUUCCAUCAGAUUCUCCUGGUCUUCAAAAUGUAUACGGCUGUAAAGAUCAAAAUAAUGGAUCAAUUUUUAACACAGGAAAUAUUCUAUGUGUUCAAGAAAAUGUGAAAUGCAUAGAAGACAUCUCCAUGAACAGAAUCUGUUUGAAUAAAGAAGGUGCUCAAGAAGUCAUAGACUCUGUAACGUACAUACAAGAAGAAAAAUCAAUUGUGGACUUGGACAGCAUGAUACUAGACCUUAAUACACCACAGCCUAUUUCCAGUGAGGGUACAAAUCUGCAAGGAGACACCAGCCAUCUUAAAUCUGUAGCUGCAACAAGUAAACACAUUUAUACUGUAUCUGACAAGACAUGUGCUACACAGACUGACAAAGGUGCCUUGGUAAAGGAAUACUGUAACCAAGAAUCUUUAGGGUUUCCUGAAUUCAGUGAUAGUCUAGAACCGGAGAUAGUUUCAAGUAAAAUGCGUUCUACAAUUGAAAGUUUCUCUGUCUCUGUUGUCAGUAGUGAAAAUGAACAUCACAGUCCUCACCAGAGGCAAAGUAUAGCAGACUUAAACACAUAUCCAAGUUAUGAUUACAGCGAACAAUUUAAAGCUAAACAAAUGCAGCUGAGAGAUAAAACGCAAAUGUCCUCAGAGAUGCAAAAUGAGACGGACUUUGGCCACAAAGACAAAAGCAAUAAUUGCCUUGAACGUAAGCAUACUUCUAACAGUGAUAGUAACCCCUCCAUGCAUAGUGAUACAAGUGGAAGCCUGAUAGGACCGGAAGAGGAAAGUAGUAAUCAACAGAACAAAUCCUCCAUUUUGCCAUUGUUUAUUAAUAACAGUAAAACCUGUGAAGAAUGGCAGGAGAACAUACAUCUACAUGUCACCACUGAUUCUCAAACUGAAAGUCAAUCGUCUCAGAAAAAUGGAAAUGUUGGAAACACAGAUUUACCGGCAAGAAACAUAUUACACACGGAUUCUAAAAUGUCACAAGAUGUUAACAUGGUUAGUUCAACAAAUAGUCCAGUAAAACUAGCAAAUGAACUUGAAAAUGGGAAUAAAGAUGGUUCUUGUUUAGAGAAAGAAAAUCAGAAGCCUAUUAGCUGCAAGGAAAGGGAGUGGAAAUAUGGAGGAAAUCUAGAACAGCUGGCCAGGAAUAAAACCACUUUUACAUCAAAUUGUAACACAGAGCACGCUCCAGUGAAGAUAAGUGCAUACAGUGACCUUGCUAAAUUAAAGGAAUUGUCAUCACUCAAUAAAAUAAAUACUCAAACCGUAAAUAAUUUAAAACUUUUCCCCCGAAGAGAGACACCAUCACACAUGGCAGUACCAACACCAAUUCUUCCUAAAAUGUUGUGCCAAAAUGUGCCUAAAACAGAACUAGGUAAGUUCCAUUUUGGUUUUAUGUCCCAAUGCUGCCUUAACAAUACAUUUUAACACUAAUACUACCCUAACACAAACAUAUGUUAUAUAAAAGAGUAUAUUAGGUAAAAUAAUGCCAUCUAAGAGCUGUGGAGAUAUUUAUAAACCACUCGAAAUUCUGUCUCCCUCAAUACACAGUUCACCAUCACAUAUCAUCUCUCUCUAUAUACAUAAAUAACGAUUGGACUCUACACUCUAUGUUUCUGCUCAGAAGAAGCAGGUACAUUAUACAUUGUAUUAGUUUAACAGAAAAAAAUAUAUACAGUAAAAACUUGUGAUGCAGAUGAAGUUUCAAGCAUAGACUGAUUCUUUAUGGGAUGAAGUAUAUUCGAACUUCAAAUAUAAGUAUUUAAAUAAUACAUUUCCAGGCCCUUUGAGGAGGAUUGUAGGACAAGGCAAGCAGUGUAAUGACUGAUCUUUUAGUGUCCAUUUUAGUAACAGACAAGUUAAUCAAGCCAUGGCACGUUUACAGCAUUUUGUACUCCAUCUCUCCCCAGAAUUUGUCUUACGCUAUUUAA